GUCAGCUGACCAUGAUCGUGGGCCAGGUGGGUUGUGGGAAGUCAUCCCUGUUGCUGGCCAUGCUGGGAGAGAUGCAGACCCUCAGUGGAAAGGUCUACUGGAGCAAACUGCCUGUGAGUGAGAUGCUGCACGAGGCCAACAGUAAGAACAGGUACUCUGUGGGCUACGCUACCCAGAAGUCUUGGCUGCUGAAUGCCACCGUGGAGGAUAACAUCACGUUUGGCAGUCCCUUCAACAAACAGAGAUACAAGACUGUGAUUGACGCCUGCUCCCUGCAGCCUGAUGUAGACCUCCUGCCCUUCGGAGACCAGACGGAGAUCGGAGAGAGGUGUGUUUUUCUCCCAGGGAUCAACCUGAGUGGAGGCCAGAGACAGAGGAUAUGUGUGGCUCGGGCUCUCUACCAGAACACCAACAUCGUCUUCCUGGAUGACCCGUUCUCAGCGCUGGACAUCCACCUGAGUGACCACCUGAUGCAGGAGGGCAUCCUGAAGUUCCUACAGGAUGAUAAACGCACCGUGGUCCUGGUCACACACAAACUGCAGUACCUCAUCCACGCUGACUGGAUCAUAGCCAUGAAGGAUGGCUCAGUGCUGAGGGAAGGCACUCUGAAGGACAUUCAGACUCAUGAUGUAGAGCUGUAUGAACACUGGAAGACCCUGAUGAACAGACAGGACCAGGAACUAGAGAAGGACACUGAGAUUGAUAACUGUCAGACUGCUCUGGAGAGGAAGACCCUGAGAAGAGCUUUCUACUCCAGAGAGGCCAAGAACCAGGUCGACGAUGACGAAGAAGAGGAGGAAGAGGAGGAGGAAGAGGACGACAACAUGUCGACGACCACCAGUCGGCGCUCUAAGAUCCCGUGGAGGGUGUGCUGGCAGUACCUGUCCUCUGGUGGCUUCCUCAUGGUCUUCCUCAUGGUCUUCUCCAAGCUGCUGAAACACUCCGUCAUGGUCGCCAUCGACUACUGGCUGGCCGAAUGGACUUCUAAAGGCAAUGUCCCAGUCAAUGGGACUGCUAAUGGCGAUGGCCCAGUCAAUGGGACUGCUAAUGACGAUGCUCAUGGAUAUGCCCCAGACUUUGGAAAUGUUACAAGAGACUUUGUCAAUGACUCUGCAGCAGCUGUCUUCUCCAAUCGGACAAACUCAGCGGCUGGUCUGCCUGACUCCUACUAUGUGCCAGUGUUUAUCAUCCUGUGUGGAGCGGGGAUAGCCCUGUGUCUGAUCACCUCUCUGACUGUGGAGUUCCUGGGUCUGUCUGCUGCUACCAACCUGCACCACAACCUGCUCAACAAGAUCAUCCACGCACCUAUCAGGUUCUUUGACGUGACCCCCUUGGGCCAGAUCCUGAAUCGUUUCUCAGCUGACACCAACAUCAUAGAUCAGCACAUCCCUCCUACCCUGGAGUCUUUGACCCGCUCCACUCUGCUCUGCCUGUCAGCCAUCGGGGUCAUAGCGUUCGUCACCCCAAGCUUCCUCAUCGCUCUGAUUCCUCUGGCUGUGUCCUUCUACUUUAUACAGAAGUACUUCCGGGUCGCCUCAAAGGACCUUCAGGACUUAGAUGACUCCACCCAGCUUCCUCUGCUCUGCCACUUCUCUGAGACUGCAGAGGGACUCACCACCAUCCGAGCAUUCAGACAUGAAUCUCGAUUCAAGCAGAAGAUGCUGGAGCUGACAGAUACCAACAACACAGCCUACCUGUUCCUCUCUGCUGCCAACCGCUGGUUGGAGGUCAGAACGGACUACCUGGGUGCUGUCAUUGUGUUAACAGCAGCAGUAGCCUCAAUAUGGAGCUCUGGCAAGAACCUUCCCUCUAGCAUGGUGGGGUUAGGCCUGACCUACGCCCUUACAGUGACUAACUACCUGAACUGGGUGGUGAGGAACCUGGCUGACUUAGAGGUCCAGAUGGCUGCUGUCAAGAAGGUCAACAGCUUCCUGAGUACAGAGUCUGAGAACUACGAAGGCUCCAUGGAUACCACCCAGGUCCCCGAGGACUGGCCCCAGCACGGAGAGAUAAAGAUCCAGGAUCUGUGUGUCCGUUACGACCCCCUUCUGAAGCCUGUCCUCAAACACGUUAAUGCCUACAUCAACCCCGGACAGAAGGUGGGCAUCUGUGGACGCACAGGAAGUGGAAAGUCCUCCCUCUCUCUGGCCUUCUUCAAUAUGGUCGACGUGUUUGAAGGGCGGAUCAUCAUUGAUGGUAUAGACAUCUGUAAGCUGCCCCUCCAGACCCUGAGGUCUCGUCUGUCCAUCAUCCUCCAGGACCCGGUGCUGUUCAGCGGAUCCAUCCGGUUUAACCUGGACCCAGAGCGUACCUGUACUGAUGACAGACUGUGGGAGGCGCUAGAAAUCGCCCAGCUGAAGAACAUGGUCAAAGCCCUUUCUGGGGGACUAGACGCGGUGGUGACAGAGGGAGGGGAGAACUUCAGUGUGGGUCAGAGGCAGUUGUUCUGUCUGGCCAGAGCCUUCGUCAGGAAGAGCUCCAUCCUCAUUAUGGAUGAAGCCACAGCAUCCAUCGACAUGGCAACGGAGAACGUCUUACAGAAGGUGGUGAUGACAGCCUUCGCCGACCGAACAGUCGUCACUAUUGCAGUAAGUCUGUUGCAGCCUGUAGGUCAUUAGGUGGAAAGGUCAGAUCUGGAAGGUAUUCUCUGUAUAGAUGUGGAGACUCCUCUUGGUCUGCUCUCUCUCUCUCUAUGGAUCAAUCCUUGGAGAAAGCAUAGAGACUAGGACUAGCUGAUUUCUCCUGGCUUUUAGAUUUCCUCCUCUCCUUCAUCCUAUCUUUCCAAUGUCUCCUGUUUCAUCAUACUGUACCUCUGCUUCUCAUAUCUCCAGAU